AAAACAUUCAAAUCACAUAAACAUUAAUAAAUAAAAUCCUCUUGAGAGACAAUAAAGAGAAUGACACUUCUUCACUUGUCUCUCUCCCUAUUCUCAUGUCUCCUCCUUGUAGCUCCGACCUUCAUCGACUCCGCUCAUGUUUCCGACCCUGAACUCGUAGUUCAAGAAGUAAACCAGAAGAUUAAUGCGUCUAGGAGAAAUCUUGGUGUCCUCUCAUGUGGGACAGGAAACCCUAUCGAUGAUUGUUGGAGAUGCGACAGGAAAUGGGAGAAGAACCGACAACGACUAGCUGAUUGUGCCAUUGGAUUUGGCAAACACGCAAUAGGCGGCCGUGACGGCAAAAUCUACGUGGUGACCGAUCCGAGCGACAAAGACGCGGUUAACCCUAAACCGGGAACCCUAAGACACGCAGUGAUCCAAGACGAGCCGCUAUGGAUCAUCUUCGCACGUGACAUGGUCAUAAAGCUGAAAGAAGAGCUGCUCAUGAACUCGUUCAAGACCAUAGACGGUCGCGGAGCUAACGUCCACAUCGCCGGAGGCGCGUGCAUCACUGUCCAAUACGUGACCAACAUCAUCAUCCACGGCAUCAACAUCCAUGACUGCAAGAAGAGAGGGAAUGCUUACGUCAGAGAUUCUCCGUCGCAUUACGGGUGGAGGACGGCAUCUGACGGUGACGCCGUCUCGAUUUUUGGUGGGUCCCACGUGUGGGUUGACCACUGCUCGUUGUCUAACUGCGCGGACGGUCUGGUCGACGCUAUUCAUGGAUCUACGGCUAUUACCAUAUCUAAUAACUACUUGACGCACCAUAACAAGGUGAUGCUUUUGGGACACAGUGAUUCGUACACGAGAGACAAGAACAUGCAAGUCACCAUUGCGUUUAAUCAUUUCGGUGAAGGGCUUGUUCAGAGAAUGCCCAGAUGUAGGCAUGGAUAUUUUCAUGUGGUAAAUAACGAUUAUACGCAUUGGCAAAUGUAUGCAAUUGGUGGGAGUGCAGCUCCAACUAUUAACAGUCAAGGCAAUAGGUUUCUUGCUCCCAAUGACCAUGUCUUCAAAGAGGUGACUAAAUACGAAGAUGCACCACAAAGCAAAUGGAAGAAGUGGAACUGGAGAUCCGAAGGUGACUUGUUCCUAAAUGGUGCGUUUUUUACGCCUGCUGGUGGAAGAGCCUCUUCGAGCUACGCCAAAGCUUCAAGUUUGUCGGCUAGACCAUCCUCGUUGGUGGCUUCUGUCACGGGCAAUGCUGGUGCUCUCUACUGUAAGAAAGGAUCUCGAUGUUAAUCCCACCAAUCUACUUAAAUUAUAUUCCAUCUAAUUAAACAAGGAAAAAGAUGUGUACUGGUGCUCCUAUGUCAAUUUUUAAUUUACCCUUUAGUUUUAUUAUGGGGAGGGUUAAAGUUGUGAGUUGGAUUUGAUAUGUAUACUAAUGUAUUGUAUGGAUUCCCUUUGGACCAAUGUGUUUCUUGUAAACUUUUUCGGAGUAGGGACCCGUGUCUGUUGUGAUGGGGAUGUGUACAAGUGCUGCAAGAUUGUUGAUUACAUAUAAUAAAAAUGAAAUCAACAGCUUAAUUAUCAA